CUUGACAGGCUUAUUCAAUCUCAACCAAAUCAGAUGGGUGUUUCGUACGGGGAGUUAUCACAUCAGUAUCAAUUCAUGAAUAUAUUUCAUCGAAGUCAGUCCUUUCUUUAAACUCGCCACUUCACCCCUCUUCACCCUCGCAGCCGCUUUCAAUCAGCCUUUGAAACACCCUGCCCUUCUCGCCUUCUUCCGCAUAUAUUUGAACCCUGCAUCCUAUCACUCACAAGAGAGCGGUACUUUAAGACUUACAAUUGUUUGAGACAAGACUUGCUGGAACAUCCUACCUAGUUUUUUGAGUUCACCAAUUUAUCCUUUCAUACAACAACUACCAUGUCUUCCUUUGAACCUGAACGCAUGUCAAGCUCUAUCGACCGGGAUUACAACAAGUGUCUCGUGUCUUACGACUUCCCUAUGCCCAGCUUUCUCAUCAACGAUCCAGAUGCCGAUAUCUACACUUCGUAUAUCCUGGAAGACCCUGCCAUGGGCCUGGAUGAAAGUGACGAUAUGGGUUGUGAUUUUUUGGAUUCGGAAUAUUUGACUACCUCCGUGCAAUCGCCCAGCUCCUCCGCUCCUACCUUGGUUCACCGUCAAGAUUAUAACUCUUCUUCCAGCCCAGUCUCUAUCACACUACAACGUCUUAUAGAUCAACAAUCCCAAUUAAUCUCAAAUGCAGUCGAGUCAUGGCGAAGAAAGUUCCCGACCAACUCUUGUUUGAACUCCAAUACCGACCUCUUUCGACCCUCUCAAUCAAACUCUCAACAUAAGUCGAGAGCGGCUACUCAGAGAUCUGAUUCUCACGAACAAGGUGACAAGAACCUCAAUGGAUCGAUCCCAUCACGCGCUGUCGGAUCCGAAUCUCCUUUACCUAUUCAAGAAUCUGAGACGCGGUGAUAGUUUGCUCUGCUGCCUGGCAUCCUCUAAACACCCCAGUCCUAUCCAACCUCAACUCUUAACCAAUUGCACUUGACGGAGACAUUUGAGAUUUAACUUCCCCCAAGCUGAUUUUGGCCCCUUUAUGGACUUGUUUCAUCAAGUCAACGACCUGCUUUCGUUCAUUUGUUUUUAUUACGUAGUAUAUUUCAUAUCUUUCCAUCAUCGAACCAAUCAACUCCUAAAAAAAUCACAAAACAUCCAAAAAAAACUAUUUUAUUUUAUUUAUCAAAUUUUCCAUUUCAAAAUGUGUCGAUGUAGAACUGAUAUGUCAAUAUUCCAUCAAUAAGUGUCAAUAUUUGUCUUCCAUUUUCACUCCCUUUUUUCUUGUCCUUUACUGGCUGUAGUGAGAUUCUUCAUACUUUCCUUGUACAAUUGUUCUUCUUGAUUUUAAUUUUAAUUUUAUGCUGUAUCCAAACUUAGUCGCGUUCUUUGAAAUCAUACGAAUAGGUACAUUUCUUGAAAACACCGAGCAAAUCAUGGGUUUGAUGUCCAUC